CCCUGACCUGGGUUUACAUUUUAAGGCCGCUAGAAAGAGAGUUGGAGAAUUAAUGACUGUUGGUCUGUGGCUGCUAAACAGAAACUGUUCUGAUGAGGUUUUUCAAGAUUGCCCAGACUUCCCAAUCCUCGUGUGUUGGCCAAGUGGCGGCACAUGUCGCAACAAUCCAGUUCCUCAGAAAUGACAUGUUCCAACCUGGUGCAGUGAACUUGGUCGUAUUUGGAUAUGAUAAACGUUCUCGAUUCAUGGAAGUGAAGGAGUGGCAUUGAUGACGGGGAGGAAGGGGUGUGGGCCAGAUGGCCAGGCCCCUGUGUGGAUGGGAGGCAGAAGAUAAGGCAUGGAGAUAGGUUUGGGAUAAGCACAUAACAGCAUAUGAACCACAAGGCAACGAGACUGACCUGCAGGGAGAUCCAUUUGUGUCUCUGCAAAAAUCAACCACAACUGCUUUCCCCUUCAUCAUCUCCUGUUCUGAAGGUUUCAAACACAUCCUUGCCCAAGCUUCAUUCUAUGUUUCUGAAGUCAGCUCCCUGACAAGCCCUCACCUCUGAAGCAAGCCAGGUUUGCUCCUCCUCAUCUGAACGUCAAAGCUGCCAUGAAGUUUCAGGUGUCCCUUGUGAUCUUCAUAUUCUGCCUUGGCGCAGCUGACAGCUUGACAUGCCAGAAGUGCUUGAGCAAGAACGGGAAGUGUGCAAAGAACGAAGUGGAGGUUUGCGACCAGUCUCAAGACGCUUGCUUCAUUGAGACCAAGGACUACGCUGGUUUGGAUGCAGGAACGGUGAAACUGGGCUGCAGCGACUCGAAUUUGUGCCGCCGCUAUCAGAAAGGGAACAGGGGAUCUUUAAGCUGGUCGAUGUUUUGUUGCUCCUUCGAUCUAUGCCAGCCUCUGACACGUGAUGGUGAAGAAACAGAACCCAUCAUAAAGGGAUGUGGAGGCAGUUCCUUUAAGGACACACUGGUGGCGUACCAGAUCGGGAGAGAUUUUGCCUUUGUUGAGCAAAAGGUCUGCAGCAGUUCCAACUGCAACAACAGGAGCUUCCCAGUCAUAACUUCCGGACAGCCCAAUGGGCUGCAAUGCUAUACCUGCCAGGAGUCCGGGCAUGGGGAGUGCGCUCAGGAAAGACUGCAAGUUUUAAAUUGCACAGGAGUCAUGGAUCAGUGUGUACGCGUCAUCGACAGAGAGAACAGAACUGUGACCUUUCAGAAAGGCUGUGCCACUGAGACCAUGUGCAGCAGCUACGAGGAUAUCUAUUCCAAACUGAUGGGGCCGGAUUCCUUUGUUGAGUGUUGCAAAACGUCCUUCUGCAACCAAGCUGGAGAGCAUUCUGGUCCACAGAUGCUACUGAUGGUGGCUGCUUCUGCCUGGUGGCUGGCAUGGAUGGCUUGACCAUAAUGGCGGCUGUCUGGGUGAGCCUUCAAGAAAGGAUCUGGCCAGUCUUUGAAGGUUGGUUGCAUACAUGGGAAUGGGUGCUAGCCAGCUAUGGGGGCUCCUUUAUCUGCCUGGAAGGAGGUGGCACUGAAGCACUGCUCCCCUACUGUCUAUAUGCCAUGCCAAGACUGGAUUACUGCAAUGUGCAGCAUGCGAGGCUUUCCUUGUCCUUGAUCCGGAAGCUGCAGUUAGUGCAGAAUGCUGCGGCAAAAGACGUAAGACCCCGGUUAACAGAGGACACCUUUGUCCAGAGGCCUGUAGUGGUUACCAAUUUGCUGCUGGGCCAAGUUCAAAGAGUUACUAUUGGUAUAUAAAGCCCUUAACAACUCGGGACCAGUUUACCUGCAAACCGUCUUACCCCACAUAUUGUAUGCCUGCUUGACUGCUUUGAUUACAGAUGCCACAAAAUAUUCGUAAGAAAUUGACCUUUUCCUAUGGCAGCAUCCCUGCCUAUUGACAUCAGCCAGCAGCCUUCAUUGUACUAUUUUCAGUGCCUGUUAAGACCCUGUUUGCUUAGACAAGGCUACCCAGAUAUGUAGAAUGUCAAAGCAUGUUUUAAUCUUUUUUUUAGCUCAUU